CCCACCCUUAGGUAAAAUCACCCAAGGAAUCCAAAUCUGCCACUCCCACCUCGCUCCAACCCCUCGUCUCCAAGCCACAACCUGUCAAACCCCAACUUGUCAAAAAAAUGUCACUCCUCCGUCGCAUCAUCUCCCGCUUCGCCCACACCGACAUCCAGGUGCCCGACUUCACCCCCUACCGGCGCAACCCCAACCCCUGCUCGUCCUCCUCUUCCAGCGCCCCGUCGCGCCACCUGGUGCCCUACAUGGUCUCCGGCACCGCCGUGACCGUCGCCCUCUACGGCGCCAAAGCGGAAGUCAUCCGCUACGUGGAGUUCAUGGCGGCCUCCGCCGACGUGCUCGCCCUCGCCAAGAUCGAGAUCAAGCUGGAGGACAUCCCCGAGGGCAAGAACGCCACGUUCAAGUGGCGCGGCAAACCCCUGUUCAUCAAACACCGCACUCCGGAGGAGAUCCAGACGGAGCGGAGCGUCGACGUCGCGACGCUCCGGCACCCGGAGCACGACUCCGAGCGGGUCAAGGACCCGGCGUGGCUGGUGGUCAUCGGGGUGUGCACCCAUCUGGGGUGCGUGCCCAUCGCCAACGCGGGCGACUGGGGAGGGUAUUACUGCCCAUGUCAUGGGUCCCAUUACGACUCCUCCGGGCGGAUCCGGAAAGGGCCGGCGCCCACGAACCUGGAGGUGCCCGAGUACCAUUUCCCAGACGCUGGGACGCUAAUUGUUGGCUGAUUGUUUAUGGUUGGAUAAUAAAAUUCGUUCUUUGAUUGUG